ACUCCAGCUGAUCGGCCCAGGAUCCCCGUUGGCUCCGUCCGUUGCUGGCUUUGACGGCCCCAGCGUCUUAACGUCGACUUCAACUAUUUUAAUUUGACGGAGUUGGUUACCGAUCGUGUCGUCAGAUUGUCCAUCUUAUACUGAAACGCUGAAGAAUUAUCUGGCCAGAGCGUCGGUUGUAUGCUUGUCAAAGCCAAGGGAAUCUAAACGAAAAUACGAGGCCCUCACUCCAUCCACGGAUUCACCUGCUACACCGACAGCUUGACAAGGGAGACAGACAUGGGCGACACGGGGAGCGAGGGCAGCAAGCCUCCGAGUAACGUUAACGUUAUACCCCCUCGCUGCCCCUGUGGAUUCUGGGGGUCAAGCAAAACUAUGAAUCUCUGCUCAAAAUGUUUUGCGGACACUCAGAAGAAACAGCCGAACGAUGACUGUGCUCCAAAGGCCUCUUCAAGCUCCAGCAGCAGUCAAGCAGACAUCUUCUGUAACGAAACAAACAGCAGCAUUAGUCAGUCCCUGAUAUCAGAGGGCCCUUUGCCCGGAGAGAUAGGAGUGACAUCUGUACCUGUUCAGGACGGAGUAUCCAGCAAAGACACAGUCUUGGCUUCAUUCUCUACUCCAACAAAACGUGCAUUUGAGUCAGCCUCAGAGUCAGAAAGCGAUGUUUCACCUGAAAAGCGAGCAAGAGUGGGUGAGAUCCCAGAGGGUGAGGAGUCUUCAUCAUCAUCUUUGUCUGCAUCAUCAUCAUCGUCGUCAUUCUCGUCUCGCAGUGGCUCUAAACAGCGGAGCCGUAAGCGUUGCCAUCGCUGCCAAACCAAACUGGAGCUGGUACAGCAAGAGCUGGGUUCCUGUCGCUGUGGUUAUGUCUUCUGUAUGCUCCAUCGGCUUCCAGAGCAGCACGAGUGUCUGUUUGAUCACAUGGGUCGUGGACGUCAGGAGGCCGUCCUCAAAAUGGUUAAGCUCGACCGCAAGGUGGGCCGCUCAUGCCAGCGCAUCGGGGAAGAGUGCUCUUGAAUAACCGUUCCCUCAGAAGAGUCUUUAACAGGGAUAUUAUUUUCUUCUUGUAAUUUUUUUUUUUUCCUCAAGAUUUUUGAUUUAUUUUUGGUGGGAGCGGGGAUACAAACCUCCACCUUUUUUCUUUUGAACAUAUGCUUGCUCUUUUUGAAUUCCACUGUCACCUAUAUCUUGGUUGUUUUCUGCUUUUGUUGGCUUGAUUAUAUCCUUGCUGCUUUUGGGAAAGAAAGAAACAAACCAAGGAGAGACAAAACAAUAAAGAGCAAAGGAAAUAUACCAUUUAUUCCCUUUUUUUUUUUUUUUUUUGCAAACUCUUGACUUCAUGAAAAUGAAUGAAGUCAGAUGAAAUGAA